AUGUCGGACGAGGGCAGCGGCAAAGCUGCGAACCAGUUACCAAUAUGGGGAAAUGAGAAGACAAUGAAUUUGAACACAAUGAUCCUAGCCAACAUCCAAGGCUCACCGUACUUCAAGAACAACCUCUACAAAUUGAAAACUUAUCAUCAAGUCAUAGACGAGAUCUACUAUAAUGUCGCCCAUCUUGAGCCUUGGGAGAGAGGUUCGCGCAGGACAUCUGGGCAAGUCGGGAUGUGCGGAGGCGUCCGCGGUGUGGGAGCCGGAGGUAUCGUUUCGACCGCGUUCUGCUGUCUCUACAAAUUGUACACCCUCAAGUUGACACGCAAACAAGUGUAUGGACUGCUGGAUCACACGGACUCGCCAUACAUCCGAGCUCUGGGCUUCAUGUACCUGAGGUUCACGCAGCCUCCGCAAAAUCUCAUCUCUUGGUUUGAGCCGUACUUUGACGACGAUGAGGAAGUCGACCCAAAAGCCGGCGGAGGCAGCCCAAUGACCAUCGGGAUGAUGUUGCGGAACAUGCUCACGAGUUUGGACUGGUACUCGACACUGUUCCCUCGGAUUCCCGUCCCCGUUCAGAAACAGAUCAACGCGGUCUUGACCAACAAGUUCCCCAUUCAACCGGCAGUAGCUCCCGUACGUCAGGAGAAUCUUGAACCCAAAGAAACGAACAACCACGAAGAACGAGAGCCGCGCGAGCCGCGUCGUGAAAGACCGCGGAGUCGAUCGCGCGAACGACGGCGAAGUCGAGACCGCAGCGGAUUUGAAACUCGGGACCGAAGACCGGACUCGCGGGAACGCCGGCGGGAGAAGAAAUACAAGAGAGACAAAAGAGAUCGCAGUCGCAGCAGGAAUCGCUCAAAAGACAGGAAGGAAAAGUAUCGGAGUGAGAGGCGCGAUCACUCUCGCGAGCGGAGGAGAUACUGAUUCUCAUUCAGAUCCGAUCUCGUGCAGACGGCAAGAAUGAAAAUAAUACCGAUGGAUUUCACGGAGAAUAUUCGAUCUGUUGACCCAACUUCGUUCGGUCGCACAUUAUGUACAGAAGUCGUUCCGAAUCGUUCAAUUAUAUAAA